GGUGGGACUCUAGAUAAUAUGAAGCAAAUCAUUCACCAUACAAACGCUCUGUCUGCUACUGGUGGAAGUGUCAAAUCCUCAUCAGUGCAAUGUACCCUGCAGGGUACUCCUCUUUUGCCUGCAUUCUCAAUGGAUGGAGAUUUUGUAAUUGGAGGUGCUUUCUUCAUUCACUACAAAAUGCAAACUUUAUUUCAUAACUACACUACUGAGCCUGAGCUUCCAAGAUGCAUAGGAAGCUUUGAUGCCAGGGAGUUGCGCUUCUCCCGCACAAUGAUUUUUGCAAUAAAGGAGAUAAAUAACAGCACAGAAUUGCUGCCAGGUAUCAGACUUGGUUAUCAGAUCUAUGACACCUGUGGUGCUGUUCCCGUGGCUGUGCAUGUUGCCUUUCAAUUAUUAAAUGGCCAGGACCCUCUGUUUUAUAAAGACAGCAACUGCUCACAGUCUGGUAUGGUGAUGGCUGCUGUUGGAGACUCAGGAUCUACUCCAACCAUCAGCAUCUCACGACUUAUGGGCUCCUUUAACAUUCCUCUGGUCAGCCAUUUUGCUACCUGUGCCUGCCUAUCUGAUAAAAAAGAAUAUCCAACUUUUUUCAGAACAAUUCCUAGUGAUGAUUUCCAAGCCGAUGCCCUGGCCAAGCUCGUGAAAUAUUUUGGUUGGACAUGGAUAGGUGCUGUUCACUCAGACUCUGACUAUGGAAAUAAUGGCAUGGCGUCCUUCCUUAAGACAGCAAACAGAGAGGGUAUCUGUGUGGAGUAUAUUGAAUCAUUUUAUCGGACUGACACACCAAGCAAGAUCAAAAAAGUUGCUGAUGUUAUCCGCAGGUCAUCAGCUGUAGUUGUUGUGGCAUUUGCAGCUGAUGGUGAUAUGAAGUUUCUUUUGGAAGAGCUGGCUCGAGAUCCUCCUCCACCUCGUCAGUGGAUUGGAAGUGAAUCCUGGGUAACUGACCAACUCUCAAUGAGCUUCAGUUUCUGUGCAGGGACCAUCGGAGUUGCCAUUCAGCAAUCUGUCAUCCCAGGUCUGAGAGAAUUCCUCCUGGAUCUCUCUCCAUCUGAAGUGGCUGCCUCCUCAGUUCUGACUGAAUUCUGGGAGGAGGUGUUCAACUGCAGCCUAAGAAAGAGCAGAGACACUUAUCUCUACAGAAGAGAAUGUAAUGGAACUGAAGAUAUCAGAACAGUUGAAAGCUUGUACAUCGACACAUCUCAGUUGAGAAUUUCCAACAUGGUUUACAAGGCUGUUUAUGCUAUAGCACAUGCUAUUCACAAUGCUGCAUGUCAGAAUACAAAUGGCUUGACAAAGUGUAACAAAAACAUGAAUUUUGAUCCUAAGAAGAUUGUUGCUGAGUUAAAGAAAGUAAAGUUUAUUCAAAAUGGUUACAACGUUUCAUUUGAAGCAAAUGGAGACCCUGUGGCUUUUUAUGAGCUUGUAAACUGGCAAAAGAGUGAUAGUGGAGAAAUUGAACUGGUAACAGUUGGGUACUAUGAUGCUUCUCUCCCAGUAGGCCAGGAGUUUAGAAUCUUUAGGAACUUAACCUGGCUGGAUGGUGGCACCCAGGUGCCAGUGUCAGCGUGCUCUCAAAGUUGUCCUCCUGGAACUCGAAAGGUGUUGCAGAAAGGACAGCCCAUCUGCUGCUAUGAUUGUACACCAUGUCCUGAAGGAGAGAUCAGUAAUCAGACAGAUUCUCCUGAUUGCUUCCACUGUCCCAAAGAGUUCUGGCCGAAUGCAAAAAAAGAUGUUUGUAUCCCCAAACCUGUAGAGUUUCUUUCCUUCAAUGAAGUUCUUUCAGUCAUCCUGGUGGCCUUCUCUAUUAGUGGGGCCUGUCUGACCACGAUUACAGGAAUAAUUUUCUUUAAGCACAGGACGACUCCGAUUGUAAGCCACUUUGCCACUUGUGCCUGCCUUUCGGACAAACAGCAAUUCCCAACCUUUUUUAGAACUAUUCCUAGUGAUCAUUUCCAAGCGGAUGCACUGGCUAAACUUGUGAAAUACUUUGGAUGGACUUGGAUAGGUGUUGUCCACUCAGACUCAGAUUAUGGAAACAAUGGCAUGGCAUCUUUUCUUGAGGCAGCAGUUAGAGAGGGGAUCUGCGUGGAGUAUAUUGAAUCUUUUUUUAGAACAGACCCACAGAGAAAGAUCCAAAGAGUUGCAGAUGUUAUCCGUAGAUCCACAGCUGUGGUUGUUUUAGCGUUUACAGCUAUCGGAGAAAUGAAUGUCUUGUUAAAAGAGCUUGCCCGGGACCCUCCUCCACCUCGUCAGUGGAUAGCAAGCGAGGCCUGGGCAACUGACCCAAACUUGAUGAGCUUCAGUUUCUGUGCAGGAACCAUCGGAGUAGCUAUUCAGCAAUCUAUAAUCCCAGGUUUGAGAGAAUUCCUUUUGGAUCUCGCUCUGCCUGAAGUGGCUGCUUCUUCAGCGCUGACUGAAUUCUGGGAAGAUGCAUUCAACUGCAGCCUGAGUGAAAGUGCUGAUCCAGACAAGAGAGUGUGUAAUGGAACUGAAGAUAUUAAAUCCCUUAAAAGCCCAUACACUGAAACGUCACAGUUGCGGAUCACUAACAUGGUGUACAAGGCUACAUAUGCAAUUGCACAUGCGAUUCACAAUGCAGUGUGUAACAAAACAAAUACAAUGACACAAUGUGAGAAACACACUAAACUGGGGCCCAAACAGGUUUUGGAAGAAUUAAAGAAAAUAAAUUUCUCCAGAAAUGGAUACCACGUGUCGUUUGACGCUAAUGGGGAUCCAAUAGCUUUUUAUGAAUUGGUAAACUGGCAAAGGGGUGAGAGCGGAGUUAUUAAACUGGUAACAGUGGGAUACUAUGAUGCAUCACUGCCAAAGGGCCAAGAGUUUCAUAUCAACAAGAACCUUACCUGGCUGGAUGGUGGGACACAAGUACCAGAAUCAGUGUGCUCUCAAAGUUGUCCUCCUGGAACUCAUAAAGUGCUGCAGAAAGGAAAGCCCAUCUGCUGUUAUGAUUGUAUACCAUGUCCUGAGGGGGAGAUUAGUAAUAAGACAGAUUCCAUUGAUUGUUUCCCUUGUGCCAAAGAAUUCUGGCCAAAUAUGGAGAAAGAUGAGUGUCUCCCCAAACCUGUGGAGUUUCUUUCCUUCACCGAAGGCUUGUCAAUCAUCCUGGCUGUAUGCUCUGUUAUUGGGGCCUGUAUGGCCAUCAUUACAGCCGUGAUUUUUUUAAAUCAUAGGACGACUCCAAUUGUAAGAGCUAACAACUCUGAGCUGAGCUUCCUGCUGCUCUUCUCUCUGACUCUGUGCUUCUUAUGUUCAUUAACUUUCAUUGGAGCACCUUCUGAGUGGUCCUGCAUGCUGCGGCACACAGCGUUUGGCAUCACCUUUGUUCUCUGCAUCUCCUGUGUUCUUGGAAAAACUAUAGUUGUUUUAAUGGCUUUCAAGGCUACACUUCCAGGAAGUAAUGCUAUGAAAUGGUUUGGUCCCCCACAGCAUAGAAUUACAGUAGUGAUUCUUACGUUUAUUCAAGUUAUGAUAUGUACACUGUGGUUAGUUCUGAGUCCUCCUUUCCCAGUGAAAAAUCUAACCACCCACAAGGAGAAGAUCAUCCUGGAAUGUGCAUUAGGCUCUGCUGUUGGUUUCUGGGCUGUGCUUGGCUACAUCGGCAUACUUGCUGUUUUUUGCUUUGUGUUAGCAGUUCUAGCUCGGAAACUACCUGAUAAUUUCAAUGAAGCCAAGCUGAUCACCUUCAGCAUGUUGAUAUUCUGUGCAGUCUGGAUCACCUUCGUCCCAGCAUAUGUCAGCUCCCCUGGAAAACUUACUGUGGCAGUAGAGAUAUUUGCCAUUCUAGCCUCUAGUUUUGGACUUAUGCUGUGCAUAUUUGCUCCAAAGUGUUUCAUCAUUUUGUUUCAACCAGAGAAGAACAACAAGAAAUAUUUAAUGAAGAAAAAUUAAUAAAAUACAAGGUUAGAAAGGGAAAACAUUCUGCACCAAGAAAGUGCAACAUGAUUGAAAUGAGAGUCCAUUUUAUCUACUAACAUUCAGAAAGGUAAGCCACUGUAUGUCUUUAAAAUGUUCUUUAAGUUGUUUAAUUGAUUUCU